AUGGCAGAUCUAGAUGCGGUCAAAAUAAACCACGAUACCCAUUUGCUGUUGGACCAAUCGUGCCUACGCCUGCCAUACGAGCUUCUACGCAAAAACUUCCGCUCUGUCCACUACCCCUUCGAAUGGGACUCGACCUCUGUCAAAAAUGUAGUCAAGGAGACGGCUAACGGCCUGAUCAGUGGCAAGUCCACGCCGCAGGAUGCCGUCAAGAGUCUCGACCAGAUGCUGGUCAAAAUGCGCGGCCUGAAGCGCAAGUUGACCGUGGCUGCCGAGGAGGAGGACAAUCUCUAUCACCAGCUCGAUGCCCGUGUGGCCCAUUUCCGCGACCUAGCUAAUCUUAAUACCGUGGACGACGUCCGUUACGAGGACUGGUCCCGCCAGCGUCUGGACCGUCUUUUGAUUGAUUACAUGCUCCGGCACGGCUACGACUCGUCGGCGACCUCUCUGGCUCAGGAGAAGGGGGUCAAGGAUCUGGUUGAUAUCGACACCUUUGUCACCAUGAGCAAGAUCCGCAGGUCUCUCGAGGCCGGAAGCGUGCAGGAAGCCCUCAACUGGUGUACCGAGAACAAGAAGGAGCUCCGCAAGAUGCAGUCCAACUUCGAAUUUAUGCUUCGCUGCCAACAGUACAUAGAGAUGAUGCGCACCGGAUCGCACAACAAAAUGCUGGAGGCUAUUAACCACGCCCGGAAAUACAUCACUCCCUUCAACGACACCUACCCCGUCGACGUCAGCAACAUGGCUGGCCUACUAGCCUACCGACCCAACACCAACAUGGAGCCAUACGCCUCAUUAUACAGCCCUUCGCGCUGGCCCAAGCUAGCCGAGACUUUUGUCGAGGCUCACCUCAAGCUGCUCAACCUACCUAUGACGCCGCUCCUCCACAUCGCCCUCUCGUCCGGUGUAUCCGCCCUCAAGACCCCAGCCUGCCACAGCACCCAAUCACAUAUCGACCCCGACCAUACCCAACAACGACAACAACCUGCCAACGGCGCCGGCACCACCCCAACCCAGAAUACAACCACCACCACAACCACCACUACUACCACCGGCACCACAACCAGCAACACACCCACAGCCACCCAAACCCACCCCCACCACCACCACGGCACCGCCUCCCUGACCACGCGCGUCUGCCCCAUCUGCUCGACUGAGCUCAACGCCCUCGCCCGCAACGUGCGCUACGCCCACCACAGCAAGAGCCGGCUGCUCGAGCAGGACCUGAUGCUGCUCCCCAACGGCCGCGUCUACGGCCGCGCGCGGCUGGCCGAGUAUGCUGCGAAGUCGGGCUUGCCUGUGGGGCAGCUGAAGGAUUUGGUGACGGGGGAGGUGUACGGUGAGGGGGAGGCUAGGAAGGUGUUUGUUACGUAG